CACAAACCCUAAACUCUAUUAGAGAUUUGAGCAGUUUUUGAGCAGUUGUACCUUCUGAGUUCGGGUGCACGAAUUUAGAGGAGGAUUGUGUUAACCUUGGGGGGCGUUCGUAACUUGAGAGCCUGUACCGGUAGUGGCGAAAUUCGCUUCUAAGUCAGUGGCCUUCAUACCACGGCACAAUCAUUGUAAUCCGGAGAUUAUCGAUCAAGUAAAGUACGUUAUUAAAUAUUUCUUAUUUAUUUGAUUUCAAUAGCCUUAUUUCUUACAAAAGACACACAAUGUGAAUAAUGUAAAAGUUAAUAUGAUGCGAUAUUCGUAACACGGAUGAAAUAUAUAGUAUUUUCAAAGAAAUUAUGAUUGAUUUUAUCCGACCAAUUUGACCUUACAUUUAAUGACUUGGGUUUAUUGGUUUAGUAUUGUUAUAAUAUACACUUACCAAAAACUCACCUACAUUUAAACUUGACCUAGGUUAGCACGGUAUUUAACAAAUACAUUUGUGAAAUUUUUUUAUGAUAAGGACAAAUUUUACAUUAGCCGCGAAUAAUUUAUACACAGUCACAUAAUCGGAUAUAAUCAUAUAUAUAAGGAGUACUUUUAAACAAAAGACGGUUAAAAUGUUAAAACAUACGGAGUGAUAAUGAUUAAAUUUUGGCGAAUGCGGAAAAUCAACCACACAACUUCUUAAGUGUUAUGUGCAAAUUAGCUUUUUAACUUUUAACUGUAGCAAAUUAACCACACAAUUGUCCUGCAACGUGUAAUUUACUCCCUAAUAUCAAUUUCCGGCCAAAUACCACAUGAAAACAUAAUAGUUGUCCACUAUUUAUGAACCAGGAAUUAACAAAAAGAAGAAUAAUACACUCGUUAAUUCCAUGUACAUCUCAUAUACCGCUUCAACAAAAAAUUACAUCUCAUACUGUUGUACACGUACAUUUUUUAUAUGAUAAACAUAUAAGACCAAAGAAUAUGGCAGAAGAAUCAAACCACUGUAGUUUUGUUCUUUAUCAUCAAAUGGUUUUAUGGGUACCAGAGUAAUUGCAGACAUGGACAAAUCCAGAGGAUGAAAAAUAGGUAGAAGAUGAACACUUGAGAUGAAAAAUACUGAGGAUUUUAAGGGAGUGAGAAGCGGAAAUGAUACUAAAAACCUGAUAAUUCACAUUUAUAAAUGGGGAAAAUAAAAUUAUGUAAGUUUUCCGACAAUUAUUGUGGUUUCUGGAUGAUUUUGGUCGGAAAAUGACACGAGGGAGUAAAUUACACUUUGUAUGAUAGUCGUGAGGUUAAUUUGCUACAUGUAAAACUUAGAGAGCUAAUUUGUACAUAACACUUAAAAUUUUGAAUAUUUAAAAUUCGAUUUUAAAACCAAGAUUUCCUUCAAAUUCAAAAUUGAGGAAUCUUCGAAAUUAUACUAUCGCGUAAAGUUAAUUAGAGGUACCCUAAAUAUCUUCAUUAUUGAUUCAACAAUUUUAGAUUUUUUGGCACGCAAGGUAAUUUUCAUUAAUCAAAGGAAUUCAUUACACAUACUUCAAGUCAAGAAGGAAUACCUUGUAGCAAACACAACACCCAAAAACCAAUCUUUAUAACAUAAUGAAAUAAAGGUAGAAAAUAAACAUAGCUACAUUACAAACCAGUUUUCAGAUUAUAAAACAACUACAUUAGCAUCCUUUACAUCUGCCAUUGAUCACUUGUUUCCUCUCCAGCGGGCUUCUUAUUUGAUUUUCUUCAAAGUCUGACACUGCAAAUUUGCGAAAUUGCAUUAUAAUAGCCAACUUCACCCAUCUUAUAAAGGUAAGAUAACCAAAAAAACAUAAUAAAUGUAAGAUUCAUGUACUCCGUGUUAUUUUAAGACAAAAGCUACUAUACAAACAAUUGAAAACAAAUAAAUGGUGCACACAUAAUUAAAUUCCUUACAUUUAGAAUGCAUUUUAUUGCCAUAGGGAUUAAGAAAAAGAAGGGAAAAAAAAAGCUGAAGAUGCAUAAUUAAAUUCCAAUAUAUUUCAAACAAUAGAAAAAAUCUUCAAGCUCUAUUGAUUCCAAGUUUCCAACAUUUUUUUUUGUUGGGAUUCUCCAAUUUCCAUGUUGUAAAUGGUAGAGAAUCUGGUUUUGGAUCCUAUAGAGUUCUAAAAUAACUCUACAAGGUAGAGUUUGAGCAAUAUCGACCAUUAGAUGAAAAAUCAAUGACUCAUAUAUUAUCUUUCGAAAAUCUCCCUUAUUUUUUCUCAUUAAUAUCCACCUAGCUAUUUUCCCUUCCCACUAAUAUGAGCCAUUGAUUAUAAAAUGUGUGGUUUAGAUACAACUCUACCUUGUAGAGUUUUAUUAAAACGCUAGAGGAUCCGGACUCGUAGAAUCUAUACCCAAUCAAUUUAAACAAACUGAAUUGAUUCAAAUUGCUUCCCCUCUAGACAAUUCCCCCAACUGUAAUUUAAUAAUUGUCCUUCCCAGUGCAUGGAAAUCUAAUUCCAAUGUGAACAUAUUUUUAGGCAGAUGAUACAGUUAGUCUGGGUCUAAGAUGAGUGGACUUAGACUGCAAUAUGAUUAGGACAACUCAUCUAUUAAAAAUUAGGUUUAGGGGGGAAAGGGGAUGUUUAAGGGGGGAAAUAAUUUCACUAAUACCGCCAUCAGUGUCUUCUUGAGCGAGAUUUUCAGCGCCCUAAUCCUUCACCAAAUUAGCCCGCUCAAAAUUUCACCCUAAAAAAAAAAAAUAAAAAAAAUAAUUCAUUUUGACUUUUCAACACUUUGCUCUGUUACAGCUUUCGUCUUCUUCGUUUACAGGUGAAGUUCUUGAACUUAAUUUCCUCUUAUAAUUAAUUUUUUUUUCAUGAAACAUAUUUGGCUGACCAUAUAUUUGGGAUUUUUUGACAUUCAUGAUAGAUGUAAUAGCUCCGAUUUUAUCUGUUAUAAAUGUUAAUCAACAUUUGGUAAAUGUUUGUUAAUUUAAAUGUCGGAAAAAACGGUAUAUUGGCUGUUAAUGACGGAGAAAACAAUGUUGUGUUUGUAAUUUAAUGGAUUAAUUCGUAUUUACUACCUUUUAAAUACCCAACUUUUGAAAUUACUACCUUAUGAAAAUUUUAUUUUAUUUUACUACCUUAAAGUUUCAAUAUUUUUUGUUUACUACCACUUAACGGUUUCCAUCCACAAGUUCCGUUAAAUGGGCCCACUAACAACUUUAAUUCUUGUUUCCCUCAUUUCUUUCCAUUUCUUUCACGAUUUGUCCCUCUUCUUCAACCUCUGUAUUUUUCUCCCUCUUCUUCACCUUCCUCCUUUGGAAAACAUAUAUAUAGAACAACACAACUCUUUCGACAACCUCGAAUCCACCCGAUUAGAGUGGAGAAAUCAGAGAGUCCCUCUUCUUAAUUUCUGUGUUUUGUUAUACUCUUAAGUCUUAACCAGUUAACAUGUAAAAGCAUGUAUCUUUAUCACAUGAUUAAAACCAUUUAACAUAUACAAUCCUGAUAAUUCAGCAAACGAGCAGUUCAAUCAACAAAUCAAUUCAUAACCAACAUUGAUUCAUAAAAAACCAGCAUUUCCAACAAAAACUAAACCAUCAAAAGCAUCUAUUAACCGAUUAUAACUAAGCAUAGUUGCACAAACAAAUUCAAAAGAAUCGUAAUUCCCAAUCCAGCAUUUCGAUUAAACUAACGAAUCAAAACCCCUCAAAUUUCCGAAAUGUUCCUGAAAUUAGCUUUCUCUUUCAAAUCCAAAGCUCUUGAAUUCUUCACUGAUGAUUGUGAAAAAUUCUAUCUCCUUGGUGGUGAUGAUGUCAGUAAUCCCGAUAAAUUCAUCUCCAAUUAGAAAGUUGUGGUAAUGAAGCCUGACCCACAUCAAGAACCUUCUCUAAUUCCUCAGAAAGGUAAAGUUACACAGUUUAACCACACCCUAAUUACUUCAUUAUUUGCUUCAAUUUUGUCGUUUGAGGCUUCUUAUCUUCAGACCCUUUAUGAAUUUAAACAGUUGUAUAAGAAUUAUUACCAAAACCCUAAUUUAGAACUCCAAGUUAAUGAAAAUCAGCAUAAGCUUAGGGCUAUGAAGUUUGUAUUUAACCGUUUGCAAUGUGAAAACGAUGUUAAGGAUGAUGAGGUUUCAGAUUUGAGGCCAAAACUAGAGGAAUUGAAUCAGGUGAAUUCAAGGUUGUUGAAAAAGUUUUCAUGUUCUCCAAAGGAGGAAGGUGAAGAAGAGAGAGAAAAUUACAGAGGUUGAAGAAGAGGGAAAAAUUAUAAUAGGUGAACAUUAAAGAGAAGAGUGAAAUCGGGAAAGAAAUGGAAAGAAAUGAGGGAAAUAAGAAUUAAAGCUGUAAGUGGGCCCAUUUAACGGAACUUGUGGAUGGAAACCGUUAAGUGGUAGUAAACAAAAAAAAUAUUGGAACUUUAAGGUAGUAAAAUAAAAUAAAAAUUUAUAAGGUAGUAAUUACAAAAGUUGGGUAUUUAAAAGGUAGAAAAUACGAAAUUUUCCUAAUUUAAUAUUUAGAAAAAGUUUGUAUUUUAUACAAUUUUAUUUAAUUAAAUGUGUAUGUAGCAUUAAUAUUAUAAAAAGCGUACAGAAUGUUAUAAUAAUUAAUUAAUACUGACUAUGUAUGAAUCAUUAAUUAUUCUUGAAUACUUCUAGUUUUGAUUAAUUUAAAUAUGUAUACCACGGUGCAAUGGUCGAUAUCAAUCUUAAUGGUGAACCAGAGCCUGAAGAUGGAACUAUUGUGAACACUACUAAGUUGAACUCCCCUACCGUUGGAAUGUGUUUUCCUUCGGGGUACGAAUUUAGUGAAUUUUGUCAUCGUUAUUAUUUUGAGAAAGGUUUUGAGAUGUUUGUGGGUAGUAACAUUAUAAAGAAGGAGUACAAGGAUAAGGGUGUUUCUAAAAUAGGAGUUGGAGAACUUGAGGCUCGGCCGCAUAUGAUGGAUAGAAUAAGGUUAAAAUUUAAGAAGGGAGGUGUUAAAAAAAGUGCCGGGUCUAAUGUUACUGGUUGCAGAAUGUUUGUUUAUGGUAUAGUAAAAAAUGGAGUGUUCGUAGUUUUUAGUUGUGAUUUAAAUCAUAAUCACCCUCUAAGUCCCGAAUGUAGUAGAUUCAUGGUUAAUUAUAGAAGCAUUGAUGGACCGACAUUUGAUAGGAUAAUGAUAAAUGAAGGGGGGGGGGGGGGUGUUAGCAUCAGUAGAAACUUCGGCACUCAAUUGAUUGAAAAAGAUGGUUUUGACAAUAUGACGUUUAACAAAAAGGAUGUGAGGAACGCCAUAGCUGUUGAACGUCGUAAAACAAUGUUUGAGAAAGGAGAUGCUGCCGGUGUUGAAGAGUAUUUCAAAUCACAACGAGAAUUGAAUUGCGAUUUUUAUAGUUCUAUGCAACGAGAUGAAGAUGGUAUUUUAAAGAACGCAUUCUGGUCCGACGCGCGUAGUAGAGGACUUUGCAGAUAUUUCGGGGACGUGAUUAGUUUCGACACCACUUUUACUAGCAAUCGGUAUCGUAUGCCAUUUUCUCCCUUUUUUGGCGUCAACCAUCAUAGUAAAUCGAUAGUCUUCGCUGCCGCUUUAAUCUCACAUGAAGACAGUGAAACAUUUGUUUGGGUGUUUGAGGAAUGGCUGAAGUGCAUAAAGAAGCCUCCCAAGGGCAUUUUGAUCGAUCAAGACAAGGCAAUAGGUAAAGCCAUAAGCAAAGUUUUCCCCGGUGUUCCACACAAGCUUUGUUUGUGGCACAUGUUACAGAAUGCUUCUCGCAAUCUCGGCAAGCUUACAGAUUGGAAAAGCAUUGAUACACUCAUCCGAACAACUGUCCAUGAUAUGCUUGAUCCUAAUGAGUUUGAUGAGGCUUGGUGCCUUGUGAUGGACAAAUAAAAUCAAUGUGAUAAGGGGUGGAUGCAGGAUGCGUAUGAUAACCGUUGGCAAUGGGCACCAGCCUACAACAGAGGCACAUUUUGGGCUGGAAUGUCAUCAACCCAAAGACGUGAAGGUAUGAAUCGUUAUUUCAAAAUUCAUCUAGACUUAGAAUGUGGAUUAGUCCAGUUUAUUAAGAACUACGAGUUUUGUAUGAAUAUAAAGGCAGAGGAAGAGAAGGAGGAUAAUUUUGAUAGUAUAGAUACGCCUCCUCAACUUGAUGUUGGUAAGAGUGUGUUAGCCGAGUAUGUUUUCCAUAAGUUUUACACGAACGAGAUGUUCGCUGAUGUUGUGAAUGAGCGUAAAGGUUUAACCCACACAAAUGUUACAAAAACUGAUUCACUAGGGUCACUUGUAUUGUAUAGAGCAGAUGAGAAACUAACCUCCCCCCAUUGGAGGAAAAGGUUUUAGAGCUAUAACGUUAAAGUAGAUAAGGUUAAAGGGGAGCUAAGCUGUUUAUGUCAGUUGUUUGAAUUUAGAGGUAUUUUAUGUAGGCACAUAUUGAAAGCCAUGGAUGUGGAGGAUUUUCAAUUUGCAGCGGAGAAAUAUAUAUACUAGAUAGAUGGAGGAAGAAAGUUAGGUCAUACGAGAGAAUUAAGGUUUCAUACUAUGAUCCAGAAGAAUCUAAACGGCUAGCAAAAGCUAAAGAGCUCACUCAAAGGCAUAAUUAUUUGAAAGAAUUUGCCAUGCAUAAUGAGGAAGCCUACAAGUUGUAUACGGAAGCUACUGAUGUACUUAGGAUAAAAAUGGAGGAUGUGGUGGGUAUUCGAAAGACUGGCGAUGUAGGGGAUAAUUCCAUUUGUUGGUGGGAUCCCGAAGCACGCAAUGUGUUUGGUCGUCGUAGGCUACUCCUAUAAGAGAGCAUAAUGGACGCGCUCUGAAAAGGAUAGCUCAACCUGCUGAAGAUGGUGUGAUUAAAACACCCGUUGAUAAGAGGCAUGUUGGUCGACCGAAGAAAGGUGCUUGUUCAAUUUAUGACAAAUUCUAAGAAGAACCUAGCAUCUACGCACGCUAUGAUUGCAGCUAAUGAGGAACUUAUUAGGUCUACCUAUGGGCAUAUUCCUAGCUACCGGGCUAGACAAGAACACGCGAACAAUGUUCACGACGCACGUGUAAAUCCUUCCUACAAUGGACCCGUGUUAGAAAACAUUCCUGAAAGCUCUCUGAUUAAUUUGUCUGAAGGUUUAUCUCAAACUUUUGAUUACGAUGCGUUUGUAUGGUGCAAAAGAUCUGGAGGCCGGAUGACGUUGUAGUUGUUUUUAGUAAAUUAGUAUUUUACUUGUUAAAAUGAGGAUCUAAUGAUAAG